GUCACACACACACACAAGGAGAUCGAAGGAUAAUAGUGGGGGAAGCAAACAAGCUUUAACGCCAACCAUGAAGAAAGCACACUUGGAUGCUGAUGCUUGUGAUGGGAGCCUGAAGUCCAACAGCGUUGAUGACAACGAUGGCAGCAAUCGCGAUCACGACGAUGAGGAUAAGGAUAAGGAUGAGGAUGAGGAUGAGGAUAUGGUGCUGGACUUUCGCACAGCAUUUCAGGGGAGUGUGUUCGAGAGGUUCCACGUGGUGCCUCGCCAGCUUGCUCGGUUUGACACGGAUGUCUGUUGUUCUUAUGUCAGAUUAUUCCUGAACUUCAUCAAUGCGCCCGGAAGAAUUCAUCUCAUGGUAAAGAGUGUCGAGGAAUUCAGCGCGGAAUUCACAGAAUUCUUGUUAGAGGAGAGCAGUUGUCCUAGGGCAGUUGUUGAAGCACUCAGUAAUAUGUCAAAGGAAUUUGUGGCCGACUUCUUGAGACGUUAUGAGGCUGAGAAGGUUGAGGAUAGGGCCUCGGAUAAGGCUGAGGACGAGGAUAAGGCUGGCUCAGAGGAGGAGGAGGAGGAGGAGGAGGAGGAGGAGGAGAAGGAGGAGGAGGAUAAAGGUAAGGACGAAGACGAGGAUAAGGAUAAGGAUAAGGAUGUGGAUAGGGGCGAGGAUAAUUGUCAGGGUAAGGAUGUGGAUAGGGGAGAGGAUAAGGAUGAGGAUAAGGAUGAGGAUAAGGAUAAGGAUAAGGAUGACGAUAAGGAUGAUGAUAAGGAUGAGGAAAAGAAUGAGGAGAAGGAUGACGAUGAGGAGGAUGGUUACAGCAAUGGCAUGCAUAUUAAUGAUGAUUGUGCAGACAAGGAUCAUGAUUCUAAUCGUCGCAUUUACUACUAUGAUUGUUUAAUAAAGUCACCGAGCGGUGAGUUCACAUUCGACAGCUUCCGUGCCUCGCAUUUUAGAAGAAUUUCGCUCUUGCCAUUGGAAAUGUUGCUUCGAGUGGACGAUGCCAGGGAUUUAAGCUCGUCAUGGAAAGUGGAAUUCGCUAAAGGAUUCUUAGGGUUUCUGGUCUCGCAUCAUGUCCCAACGCUGGCGUCAGACUUUGAGCUGCUUGGCCGAUGGGGCACGACAGAUGUGACUGUGGAGAGUGACGAGACUCUCUUCCGUCUGCUAUAUUAUUAUUGUGUGAAAGCAUCCGAGCAGACCUCGGGCUGUACAAAUUUCCAGUUUUGGCACAUUUUGUUGAACUUGGGUUUAUUGGCCUUUCUGGUCGAUUUCAAUUUGGUGGGAUCCGACGGUCAGAACUGGCCUUUGCGGAUGCUCAUCUGGGAAGGGCAUUGGCGUGUGGAUUGCGAUGACGAUGCUGAGGAGGAGCGGAGGGAUACAUUUGGCUGGCUUCCGUACAUCCGAGAUCGCGGGAAUAAGUUUGGCUGGUUCGCCGACAUCUUAGAUCGCGAAACCGGUGCGGUUGUUGCCACUGCACACGGCAGUUCUGAAACUAGUAGCUUCUUCCCAGAGACAAUUGUAAGAGUUAAGCGGAGAGAACUUGUCCGCAGAAGAUACAAGCCUCACCGUAACAUCCCAACGGUGGUGAAAUGUUUUCUUAGUAUUCUUAGAUAUAGUCUCAAUGAUGAUAGGGACUACAUCCUCUUUUCGGAGUCGUCAGAAGAUGAAGUUGAAGCUGAUUGUACCUCUUCAUGUGACAUGCAGGCAGACAUAGAAGAUCUUCACGAUGCCUCUUGGAAUCCUGGGUGCCUUUGCUACACCAACCGAUGUGAGGUGGAACACCUCAUUCCUGUUGCCGCGUCUCUGAUUGCACUUUGCACUAGAGAUCGUCCGUUCCUUGACUCCUGUGUGGCCAAGUAUAGGCUUCGAUUGACUAGACUUGCAGACAUCACGCAGAACCGCUGCCGGCAUUUUCACCGCUUGUUCAGAGGGACUUGCUGGGCACAAUUACCUGAGGAUGUGGUAUUGCUCAUCGUUGGCUUUCUUCCUGCGCCGUAUAUACGUAGACCACCGGCGUAGAAGAAGAGUGAAGUCGUUCCAGUGUGUAUGGGCUUGUGUUGUCGAGGCAGGCUUAAGACCU